CCGGGUAAUUUGAGCGGGGGAGGGGAGCGAAAUAAAGAGCUCGGCAGUCAGUCGGAGGUGUGGGACCAGGACGGAACUGAGCCGGAGGAGACGCGCCGACACACGUGGAGGAAAACGCUGAAGUCACGGCGGCCGGCGCGCGUCUGUCUCCAAGGACGAGCACAGCGAUGCGCGUGGAGGACGCGAAUAGGUGACGGCCUAGAAACACAAGAUACGCGCUCCGUGUGAUCUGGUCUCAUCCGUUCAGACAAGGAGCCGGAAAGUGGGCGCGCGCGGAGAGAGGGGUCAUGGAAAACUCCUGGAGGAGGAGGUGGACGCUGGCGGUGAGGUGGAAACUGCUGAGGAACUCGUUGCUGCUGUGUUUGUUCACCGGAACCAGCGAGGCCCAGUGCGACGGCUGCAUCGAGUACUGCUGUGACGGCUCGCCGCCCUUCUGCUGCUCCUACUACGCCUACGUGGGCGACGUCCUCUCUGGCACGGCCAUCUCCGGUAUCGUUUUUGGCGUGGUGUUUCUCAUGGGGGCGGUGGCGGCCCUGUUCCUGUGCGUGUGCAUGUGCAUGAAGAACGGACGAGGCUCACGGGUCGGCGUGUUCAGCACCUCCUACGUCAACACUGUGACCCAGGCCUAUCCGGGUCCUCCACCUCCCUACUCCUACGACUAUGAGAUGUACCCUCCCGUGCUGCACCCCCCACCCUACACCCCAGCUCAGCCCACACCAGCCAACUACUCUCCUCCCCCUCCGUACCCAGGGUGCACCCGCAAGUGAACCCCCGCUGCACAGAUGGUCCACUGGAAACUCCUAUGGCCUUGUUUUCCAACCCCGGACAUGGGAGGACGAUGCCCAUGGAGACUCUAAAGCAGCUCUGUCUCUAGUUGGGUUAAAGGUAAUUGCAGGGGCCCAUAAACUCCACAUUAAAUCAAAAGCAGUGGCGCAGUGCAAUAGUUCGCAGCAGGAAUCCAGACCAAACGACGGGGGAAACGAAUCAUAAUUUAAGAAGCUGCUGGUCCAGAUGCCCAAAGAACGAACCCACACAUUUGCGUUCGCCUGCAGCGGAGGCUUUUUUUUCCCACCUCUGCUAAUAAAUAGAAUCCUUAUCUGUCCCUUCCUGCGCACAUCAAAAGCCGUGUGAUGCUUUGAAGGUGAAGACUACUUUUGUCAGCAUGGAAGGGGAAGCCUCUCAUCACUCCAGCAGCAAUGUCUUUCCAGGACACGAGGCGUUUCAUGGAGCGUGAGCCACGUUUUUCCCCCUCCGUUUUUCUUUCCUUCUUAAACUUGAUUUAUGUCAGUGACUGAGGUGGAAGUUUCUGAUUAAAGCCGUCUUAAACAAGUCGGGCCUGGACCUGUCGCGCAGGAAGACUUGAACAUCAUGCAUAAUAAUAGUGACUUUAACGCCGCGCACAACUUGAAAGGAUGGAGAUGAACUGACUUUUAUUACCUUACUUGAAACAAUGGGAGCGACACUGAAUGAGGUCACAUUAUGUUCAGGUGAACUGACGCGGAUUUCUCUUUUGAACGGGGAGAAAUUCUAUGCGAGAUUGUGUAAAAUAAAGAAGCAUUCAUCAUUUCGAGUGCAGGUUCGUGAUAGAAAGUGACUUGAAGCCUGUGUGCUGACACAUUAAUGUGAUGGAUGAGGGGAAUUUGACUGUGCAGUGUCAGGUAAAAGAAUAAACAGCUUCCUUAACGUCCAGUGAAAUAAAGAAAAUGUGAUUAAA